AUGCCAAAAAGCAAUCGAAAAACACCCAAUUCAUUUUUGAUAUAUAGAAAAGAAAAACAGUCUUGGUUACGAAAGAACUAUCCCAGAAUGCCUCAAAGGGCAUUAUCUGGGAUAGUAGCUAAAAUGUGGAAAAGCGAGUUACCCAUUACUCGUGGGAAAUACGAAAGUAUGGCCCUCAGGCUCUCAAUCGAAAACGUUAAUAGAAGCAUAAAUAAUCGACACGUAGUCCCAACGGACUACGUAAAUGGGGCAACUCAUUUUUUUGUAUUAGAAAAUGUAGCUAAAAAAACUUCUAUCGAAGAUGAAUUCGUCAAUAGCAUCUUCGAUUUCGAUGCUUAA